GUACUCUUUAGACCCCUUCUUUUCUCCGCAUACGUAUUAGUAACCACCUUCUAGACACCUGCUCCAGCCUCUCGCCCACGGUUCACUCUUAACUAAUUAUGAUGAUGCUCAAACAAGACUGCAGCAGUAUUUAAUCUUCGUCCUGCCGUUACCUCAUCAGUCAUUCGCAACACAGGCGGCCUCGAACAUACCUUUUUAUAAUUCGCAAGCUGCGUAUUCUACAUGGGCCAAUACGCAGACAGCUAUCAGCUAACUGUAAACAAUCCAGCAUUCAGCUCUUCAGCCGGCUACCAAGGAUUUCCUGUAUAUGUUCCUGCCGCACGGUGGUGGAUCUCGGACUAAUCUCCGAUUUCGAAUGCAAGCACCGCCAAAAACCAAGAACAUCAAGAGGUCAAAGCGGCUGGAGUAGGGAGUGGAAAGGAGUUGCGACAUGCGGGGAGUAGAUGAAACAGGCGGGGGACUGUGCUGAUGGGCGAUGGAUUGAUGCUGCACGAUGGCGCCUGAUCAAACAGUCUAAUACACACCCAUCAAACUCAAAGCAUCUGCUAUCUCUAGUUCGCUUCCCAUAACAUCCUCUAAUUCCGACAACCAUCAUAUCCUCCUUCUUGCACUAACUCUUUAGACGUACACCACUCUCCGCCUCCCACGGCCCAACCACGCUCCUUUCACCCACGAACGACCCAGCACCGUCAGCGUGCGCACGGCCCCCCACGACUUCUUUGUAGGCUGACAACUUGCACGCCUGUCCUGCACCGCCCUUCCGCAUCCCUGUUUCGAGUACUCGCUGGCCGAGGAAAUCGUCCACUAUGCCCACUAACUUCAGGACUUGCCUUUACGCGCUAGCCGGGCUUGCCAUGGCAGGCGUCUCACUCGGCGCCCCAGACCACUGGAUCCUAACCCAUGCUCAGACUUUACUGCUCGGCAGAGUUGACCCAAUUGUGAAUCCUGGAGCUAUCAGUUCACAUGUGCACAAUGUGGUUGGAGCGAGUAACUUCAACUGGAAUCCAAAUACCCCAUCGGAACAACUGGGCGCAGCCUGUUCGUCUGUCAUCGUAGCUGAUGACAAGUCCAACUACUGGGCUCCCGAGCUCUAUUACCAGCAUGAGAACGGCACGUUUUCACCCAUUCUUAGUGGCACUCGUAUCUAUUACUUCACCAAGGGAGACGAGGUUAAACCAUUCCCCACCGGUCUCAAGAUGAUCAGCGGUACAGCUGCCUCAAAAAACACUUCGGAUACCAAAGCUCUCGGUGUGAAGAUCUCUUGCGACGAAGGAGAACAAGGCUAUUGGCUUCCCAAUGGCACGAGUCACCCUGGUGGCUGUUCUACGAUUGCCAUGGCCACCUAUUUCCCUAGUUGUGGCUUGGAAAGUGGAGAUCUUGAUUCCGAAGACCACUUUUCCCACAUGACGUGGCCUCAGAGCUAUAAUGGCUCGAUCCUUGUCAAUGAUCCCAACGGUCAAUACUGUCCAGACUCUCAUCCCAUAAAAUACCCUACCAUCUUUGCCCAAUUCAACUAUUAUCUCGAUGACAAUCAGCCUUGGCGUAAUGACGAGUGCACUUUGGUUCUUUCAAACGGGGACUGCAGCGGUAACACCUAUCAUGCGGAUUUCUUCAAUGGUUGGGAGCCGGACGUCCUUCAGGCUGCCAUCACCGAAUGUGGCGACGGUAACGGUGUCGACGACGACUUGAUGGCUUGUGCCCCCCUGGCCAAAUCAACUAACGAAUCAGCUACCUGGGAUUGCCGUCUUCAAGGCCCUAUCCCUGCCGAGGAUGUUGGCCUCUGGCGCCCCAUUAAUCAACUUCCUGGUUGCAAUCCUCUGUGGAAGUCUGAUGUCGCUACCAAGCCCACCUGUGAGUCCACAGCUGACCCAGAUAUGGUUGGUGCCAAUGUCUACUUUGAGAAUCUCAAGUAUCGUAUGCACAUCCCGAUGGCCAUGUCUUCAAUUCACAACACCUCUGAGCUUGAGGGUCUUAUCCCUGGCCUGGGUAACACUGGGGAUUCAAAGCUUCAGGCAUGGGGUUCAGAGGGUGUUGAUCAAGCAGAAAUGACCGUGGGCACAUGGGAAGAGAUUGAGGCUGCGGAAGCUGCUGGAUCGAACUCGAGCUCCUCCAGCACAAGUGCGAGUGAAACAGUCACCAGCUCCAGUGCUGCUGUAAGUGUAAGCGCCACUUCCAAACUAAGUGGAGAUGGGAUCGCUGCCGUGGCUACGGCCGACAAUACGUCUGAAAAUACCUUCAGCGUCAACGGUGACUCAUCUACCGUUGCCCCUGCAUCUCAGUCUGCCGCUUCAAGCGUCACUUCCAGUUCUUCUGGCAAGACUUGCAAACGGAGGAAGCGCGGCCUUACAGUUCGUGAUUCCGUGAAGAACCAUCUUCACAAGUCCAGACUACACCGACAACUUUAGGUGUCAUUUCAUUCUUUUUUAUCUCCUUCUUUUCUUGAACGUUUGAGCUGCGCUCGUGUUAUUCCUGUCUUUUGGGGGUGUUUUAUUCGUGCUUGCUAUGUUACAGACAUUUAUCAGUGCUUAAUCUGUGUAUACCCAACAAUAGAAAUACUCGAAUAUGCAACAUACUAUUACCCG